AGCGCUGCACGCGAAAGAACGUCCUUAUUUCUUUUUUCUUUCGAAAAGGGGAUAUCCCCGGCCUCUGCAUCCAAAGAACGUCCUUAUUGGCAGAGAUAUAGCGUAGAAUCGAGUGGCAGGGACGACCGAGCUUGGCCGACGGCGCAGCAGCUAGGGAGCCAGCGGCGUAGGCGACGAGGAUGCCGCCGCCGCGGGUGUGCGUGACCGGAGGCGGCGGGUACAUCGCGUCGUGGCUCGUCAAGCUGCUCCUCUCCCGGGGCUACGCCGUCCACGCCACGCUCCGCCACCCAUGCGAUCCGAAGAACGCGCAUCUGAUGCGGCUGGACGGGGCGGCGGCGAACCUGCGGCUGUUCAAGGCCGACGUGCUCGACCACGCCGCGCUGGCCGCCGCCGUCGCCGGGUGCGAGGGCGUCUUCCAUGUCGCCUCCCCCGUGCCCGCAGACAAAAUCGUCAAUCCUGAGACACAAGUAAUGGCCCCCGCCGUGGAAGGCACCUUGAAUGUUCUUCGGGUCUGCUCAUCUAUGAAGGUUCAGAAAGUUGUGGUGGUGUCAUCCACUGCUGCUGUCCAUUUUAACCCCAACUGGCCUCAGGGUAGACCCAAAGACGAGAGUUGCUGGUCAGACUGGAAAAUAUGCAUGGAGAAUGAGCUCUGGUAUUCCGUUUCUAAGACUGUUGCUGAAGAGACAGCCUUGGAAUAUGCAGAGAAAAAUGGGCUGCAUGUUGUUACAGUAUGUCCUUGUAUUGUUUUUGGCCCACAACUGCAACCUAUUGUCAAUGCAAGCAGCGAACUCCUCAUCUAUGUUAUAAAAGGAGGUCCUAAUGCUAUUAACGAUAUGCUGUGGCACAUAGUCGAUGUCCGUGACGUGGCCGAUGCUUUGCUUCUGGUAUACGAGAAACCAGAAUCGUCCGGAAGAUACAUCUGCGCACCGAACUACAUGAGGGCAAAGGCUGUGCUGGAGUUGCUCAAAAAGACGUACCCUGGCUACAAUUAUGUCAAGUGCAAGGCUGGUGCGGACCAUGACACUAGGAUCACGCCGAUGUCGUCGGAGAAGUUGAGGAAUCUGGGCUGGAAACCCAGAGAAGUGGAGGAGACGCUCCUGGAUAGCGUCGAAUACUGCCGAGAGACAGGGAUUCUGCAGGACGUCGAGGGACGGUCUUACCGCCUUCCUGAUGUCUUCCGCCUUUUUCAUGCCGCAGAGGAAUGAAUCGAUCACGGCAGUUUCACUUAACUUAUUCUCCCUUGGCCAUUGUGUGUGUGUGGAAUUGCUGAAGUAUGUAUCUGUCGCCGGACCCGUGUUCGUAUGGAUUGCGUGCGGUAACUCCUGUAGCUGUACAAAUAUGUUUCGCCUUCUAUUUCUUCUCU